AUGUCCCGUAAAGUGGCAGAUAAAGAUAUAGAACAACUUCUGGCAGCUUUGGAAGAUGGAAAUAUUUCUGAGGAUGGCUUGGAAGAUGAAAGUGAAGAUGAAGAAACCUUUUUCGCUAAUGCAAGAGAAAUAGUUCAAGAGUUGGAAGACGAGGAUGCAGAGGACCAUGAAGAUCCUACCUAUACUGAUCCACCACUAGUUCAAGAUUUGCCUGGCCCAUCAAGUCAAAUUUUUAUUUCAUUGCCCAUGCAAGAAGGUCAUCAACAAUAUGUAGAAUUUGAUAAAAGGAAACUCAUUUGGAAAAAAGACAGCAAUUUGAAAUGA